CUUUGACAGGCCUACCAGCAGCCAGCAGCCAAGACUGAUCAACCUCCUUGCGAUGCUGCAUCGUCAAGCAGACUGGCGGAUUGUUUUUGCACGGAAGUGGUCGUGAAAUUCGGGCGUGAGGCAUGUCGCAUUUGUGACGAUUAACGGCAACGACGCGACAGAGAGGACCCCGCUAUCGGGAUGUGCGACAAUUUCUGGGAGCCCUUAGCCGAGAUCUACAUCGCGGAUCGGAAUUCCUCCGAUCCUGAUGAUUACAUUUACUGUCUUUGUAGUCGAGUAUUUAUCCGGAAUCCCGAAGUUUAUACUGUCUUAGGUUCGGAAGAUGCUAGUGAAGGAGAAGGUGUCGAUGGAGAUUACGUGGGAGAGAUGCUGGAUCUUUGCAAGGGAUCUGGAGUAGAGACACAAUCUAUAGAAAAGCACGAUGAAGAACCAGUCAGCUGUUAUUGCAGCGCUUCUCACACAGAUAACAAUUAUUCUACGGAUGAACAUGACUCAGUACGUGAUUCGGCUCAUUGGCCAACUGCACAUUCCUUGACCCAAAAAUUAGGACUGCAUCAAUCAGAUUCUGGUGCAGAUCUAUCUGAAUAUCACGAUCAGCACGAAGCAAAAAGUAUACAAAAUCUUGUAGCAUCCUAUGGGAAAACUUUCCAAACUAUAGAAACUGAAGUUGAAAACAGUUCUGAAAAUGUAGAUAUGUUAAUUGAGUAUAAAAAUGAAUCAGGUGACAAGGAGUCAAUGAUACAAAAUUUAUCAGAGAAUACCACUAUAUUAAAUACAAAGGAACACACAGAUCUCGUUACACAAUAUGACUAUAACUCUUACGUUAAUCCCUAUUCUACAGAUUACUGCAGUAAUAAAAGUGCAAUGGAUAUAGCAUGGGAAAAGUAUUGGGCUAAACAAGGAGAACAAUUAAUCUGGGCAUCCUGGAUCGAAAAAUAUGCGGAUUAUAUCAAUCCUGAUUACUUUCAAAAUCAUAUGCGCACAACGGAAGAUGAAAAGUUGCAGGAUGCAGAGAUUAAUGAAGUAGCAAUAGAAAGAUAUUUUGAGCAAAAUACAUGUUUUCCAUCGCAAGCGCAUAAGAAUUGCGAAAUUCUACGUUCUAACUUUGCAGGAAUUUUCAAUAAGAGUUAUUCGAGCGACAGCGAACUAAAACCAGCAGCAGUAUCUUCUUCGAAUACUAGUUUCUCAUUUGAACCAACAAGUAGGCAAGAAGUUAAUGACAAAGAUGCAGACGAAAAUAGGAAAAAAAUUCUCAAUUUUGAGAUAUCACCAGAGGACCGCGAUGGUUGGAAUCCAUUAAGUCCAUUUAGUAUAGAAGAAAAUUAUAAUCAUCAAUCUAAUGCAGAAGACGAGAGGCUACUGAUGAGAUGCGACUCUGUUAGUGGCUCAGUAACGAAAACGAACGCGACUUCCGAUUCCAUGACUAACGUUACCAAAAUGACGUUAACUAGUUCCAGUUGCGAUUCCAAUAGCGUUCAUUCGUCUAGCCUUGUCACUUCCGUUACAAGUUCCAUAGAGAGCAGCAUGAGUACUAGCAGUAGUUCCGAUCAAGAGAAUGAAUUUUCACCAGAAGACAACGACAGAUAUUGGCAGCAUUUAUGGAAGCAGAAUUUUGAGACAGAGUAUCAAAGGCAUUAUGAAUUAUUUGUAGAAAAUUAUAAAAAAGAGCACAUUAUAGAUUAUAAUCAAUUAUAUUUUAACACGUUAAAUAAACCACGUGAUGAUUCGAUUCUACCAGAUCAAUCAGACGAUCAUGUAAUGCUGCAGUGUGAAGAGGUUAAAAACAGUAAAGAAUUUUUAGAGACUUAUAUUCCUGAAGAUCGAAAACACGAAAGCACGGAUAAUGUACAAAUUGACUCGACUACACCAAACAAAAUAAGCUCUGGAAAUAAAAAUUUGCGCAGGGGUAAUUCAUCAAAUUCAAAGUCCAAGAAAACGAAAAGGCUGAUUAUGGAUUCAGUAGGCAUCCUUAUGAAGAAUUUAACACUAAGAGUAGACGAAGAUAAGCCGACUGAUAUUGAAGAAGAAAUGCGCGAAGAAUCACAACACAUUCAUACUCAAGAUUCAAUAUUUACUGAAACUAAAAUGGAAAUAACAGCUUCCAGUAGCAACCUCAAUGAUAGUUAUCAACAGAAGUCUUCUAAUGACGGAGAUGAAUUUCACGAAGAGAUUCGAAAAAUUUCUACCCAAAGUCACGAGAUUGAUUCCAACGAAGAUGGUCUAGAAACCAUAAAAAAAGCCUUUUCAUUAAUGGGUUAUGCCAAUUUAAUUGAGAAUGAAAGCCAAAGAAAAUUGCAAGGCGAGGUUGUUUAUAGGAAACGUAAUAUCAGACGACAAAGUUUUCAUUUAACGGCGGAACUUAAACGAUUGAAAACUAAAUGUAAAACCACUCUCAUGAUGCAGAACUCUGAUGAUACAGAAACAAUCUCUAGAUAUGCAAAUAAGAUAAACAAGUAUUUAUCUUGUGAUCCGGUAUCAAUACCAGCAGAACCCGAUGUACAAUGUAAUGAUAAAGGUUCCUAUGCAAAAACACAAGCCGCAUUUACGUCAAGUUCCGAUGAUGAAGAUAGUGUGAAGAUGAUGCAGAGGAAAAAGAGAAGGAAGCAAUUCAAAAGGUUAAAUAAGAUCCUUCCAAAAGAGAUCGCCAAUGAUUACAAGUUAUGGAAAUAUUAUAUCAAACGAUUUGGCCUCUUCAGCAGAUACGAAGAUGGAAUUAAGCUAGAUCGAGAGAGUUGGUUUUCUGUAACACCAGAAGAAAUAGCAAAGGAUAUAGCAGAAAGAUGCAGAUGUGACACAAUAAUUGAUGCAUUUUGUGGUGCAGGCAGCAAUUCCAUACAAUUUGCAUUUACAUGUGAAAGAGUGAUUGCCAUAGACAUCGAUCCUAAUAAAAUUAAGAUUGCUCGGCACAAUGCAGGAAUUUAUGGUGUCGAUGAUAGGAUAGAAUUUAUUACUGGAGAUUUCCUGCAAUUGGCACCACAGUUGGUUGCUGAUGUCGUGUUUUUGAGUCCACCAUGGGGUGGUCCUGAUUACAUAAAGAAAAAAGUAUUUGAUCUCCAAAGUAUUAUACCUCCUAUUGGUGGAAGAAGAGUAUUUGAAGCAGCGAGAAGAAUCACGCAACAUGUGGCCUAUUAUCUUCCUAGAAAUUCAGAUCCUCUGCAGAUUAUCAUGUUAGCAGACAGCUAUGAUAAAGUGGAACUUCAACAAAACAUGUUCAAUGGGAAGUUUACGGCUUGUACAGCUUACUAUGGUGAUUUGGCCAGGACGUAAUUUAAGUGAAGAAACAAAAGAUAUUUUAGUUUACACUUUUCAGUUAUUUUUACUUAUCAGAACCAAAAUCGUGAUACACUUCUUUCACUUAAAGUAUUAAGGUUUUUAACUUUGAGUCUUGGAAGGCUAAUGUAAUUUAUAACUUCCAAAUUCUAUUACAUUUUUUAUAUAUGUUCUUCCAUAUAUAUAUAUAUAUAUAUAUAUAGUUUUAAUUAUUAAUUAAUAAAUAUAUCUCUAAGAAAGAUUACUCCUUACAAUAUAUGUUAAAAUUUUUAUUUUAAGAUUUCAUGAAAUUUUUAAAUGGUGACACGAUGUUCUGAAAAUAAUUUUUAUUUAUGAUGGAUAAUAGUCGACGAUCUUGCAAUGUUUAUCGUCAAAUGAAACAAAAAAAAAAAAGAAAAAUACUGAUUAUGGUAAAAUAAAAUUUUUGAAAUAGCAGGGAAA